AUGGCGGCCGUCCCGGGCUCUGCGCCGGCCGGCAGGGGCGGCUCCGGCCGCCGGGCGUGCGGGGCCUGGGGGGGAGGCGUCUGGCAGCCGCGGCCCCGGCCCUCCGCCGUCCGCGCCGGGCGGGGCCUGCCUCCCCUGCGCCUCCUGCCUCUGCGGGCGGCGCGCCGCGCUCCGCCGGCCCCCGCCAUGGCCGACAGCCCGGGCCCCGCGGGCGGCGAGCGGCCGCGCUGCCGCCGGGCCGCCCCCGCCGUGGAGCCGGUUCUCUUUCUGGGCACCGUGGCGCUGGGCCUGCAGGCCCCGCUCUGCACCCAGUACCUGUGGGACCGGCUCGGGGCCGAGCUCGGCUACAACGGCUCCGCGGCCAGCGGCGCGCCCGCCUGCGGCAACGCGAGCGGCGCGGGGGACCCCGGGCAGCAGGAAGUGGAGACCUUGGCCUCCCACUGGAACCUCUACAUCAACCUGGCAGGCUUCUUUGUGGGUCUCUUCUCCGUGACUCUCUUUGGACCAUGGAGUGACAGCGUGGGUCGGCGUCCCACGCUCAUCCUGCCUGCUGUGGGCAUGGCCUUGCAGGCUGCCAUCUAUCUCCUUGUCAUGUACUUGAGGCUGCAUGUUGGCUACUUCCUGCUUGGGCGCGUUCUCUGUGGCCUCUUGGGGGACUACAGCCUGAUCCUGGCCAGCUGCUUCGCCUACGUGGCGGACACCAGCGACCAGCGUUCCCGUACGUUCCGUGUAGCCAUCCUGGAGGCGUGCCUUGGCGUGGCAGGCAUGCUGGCCAGCAUCAUUGGAGGGCAGUGGCGCAAAGCUCAGGGCUACAUCAAUCCCUUCUGGCUCGUGUUUGCUGUCAGUCUUGCCACUGCCCUCUAUGCUGCUCUUUGUCUCCAGGAAUCGGUGAAGGAGAGGAAACCCACCAAGCUGUUCACCCUCAGUCACUACGUGUCUGUGUACAGGCUGUACGUAGCCCCAGGGUACCAGAGAUCCAGGCAGAAGCUCGCUCUCUACUCUCUGACUUUCUUUCUCAUUGUCACCAUCCACUUUGGAGCCAGGGACAUCUUUGUCCUAUACGAACUCAGCUCCCCUCUCUGCUGGGGCUCUGAUCUGAUUGGCUAUGGCUCAGCGGCUAGCUACCUGACUUACCUGAGCAGCCUGGCAGGGCUGCGGGCACUGCAGCUGUGCCUUGAAGACACCUGGGUAGCAGAGUUAGGAUUGCUCUCCAACAUCUCGGGCCUGGUUGUGAUUUCACUUGCUUCCACGACACCACUGAUGUUCACAGGUUAUGGAAUCCUGUUUCUUUCAAUGGCAGCCACUCCAGUGAUCCGGGCAAAGCUGUCCAAACUAGUGGAUGAGAAAGAUCAGGGUGCUCUUUUUGCCUCUGUUGCCUGCGUGGAAGGUCUCUGCUCACUUAUGGCCACAGGAGUGUUCAACUCUCUCUACCCUGCAAGCCUGCACUUCAUGAAGGGAUUCCCCUUUCUCUUUGGGGCAAUAAUUCUGCUUGUUCCAGCCGCUCUUAUUGGGUGGAUAGAAAUCUCAGACACGACACCCGAAUAUGGUCACUUUACGGAUGCUUCCUGAUCCCUCACACAAGUCUAAGCACUGAUUCACCAAAAGAAAAUUAUUUGUGUGGCUGAGCAAGCCGGUCGGAAAGCUGCUGCUUAUUCUGCUGGGAAGAUCUGACCAAUGAGCGUGCAAAAUCUCUAAGGUUCUUGCUUAUUUAAAGUUCCAAGUAGCUGGAAAUCAUGGCUUUAAUCAGCCAGUAAAAACAUGAUCCUGCCAGCAGGGUUAGCUCCUCAUGGUCCUGCUGGCUCAGCCUGUCUGGGAAAACACAAGCAAUUUUAAAAGUAAAGGAGUAGAAAGAGAUGCUGCUGAUGCCCAUUUGCAGGUGACAGAGGAGUGAGAACUAAUAGGCCAGGCUGGGUGGUCCAUGGGGGAAUGUGCUCUCCUGCUGAGGGGUUGGGGGCAAUGCCAGGGCGCAAAUUCCCCUCUGAACAGAGGGCACUCUACCCUGUUGAGUGGCCAAUAAGCCAUUAGUGUGGAAAAAGAAACUCAUGACCAAACUCACCUCUCCCUCCCGGAAGAGAUGGCACUUGAAGAGCAGAACGGAAGUAGAGGAAGCCCAGCACUGGCUGAAUAGAUUGUAGAGGGAGAGAGGCAGGCCCGGGCCCCCGUCUGCACCCAAACUCCUUGGGUUUUUUGGUUUUUAAUGUGUCAUGUGGACAUCACUAGGUUGGACUUGUUCUGCACGUUACUGCUCAGGCCAGGCUCUUGUAGCAAGCUGAGAGUGAGAAAUAAGUCUUCCCAGGAGUGUGUGUGAGCCUGGAGGGACAUUCUCCCUUUCUGCCUGUUUAGCUGCAGAGCCCAUUCAUGGAAGCACUAAUGGCAGUGCACACAAGUCCCGUGGAGCUCGGCUGUUCGCAGCUGGCAGAUGGGUGUUAGCAUCAGCCGCAGUGCAGUGUGUGCCACAGAGGAGAAGCUGAUGGGGGAAGUGCCAAGGCACGUAACACUCUGCCCUUCUCCUAGUGCCCUACAGCCCAGGAUUUCAAAGUUCUUUGCAAAGGUGGGCAGAGCAGGUUGGAAGCCUGAGGAAGAUGGGUUAAAGCUAAACCUGUCCCCGCAUCCAUAACUGUGGGCACCUAAAUUCUAUAACUGUGGAUUAAGUGACUUCCUAAGGCCACAAAGUAAGCAAAUGGCAGAACCAGGAUCAAUCUCAUCCUAUCACUAGGCUGAGCUGGAUGAGGGAGCAGGGCAGGGGGCUGUAUUUGCAGGGGGAAAUCAUAUAUUCUGUGGGACGUAAUCUGUCAGCAAGCGGACUGCUGCUCCGCUUCCCAGACGGUGGUAGGUGCCAUCAUGUUUUCACACUGUCACUUGCUCAGCUAUCCCCUGCCGAGGUAGUAACACCUCUCCCCAAUCCACGGUGUGCAAAGCCUUCACAGCUAUUCUUCUAACAGCUGUUAAACUUGUUUCCCCUUCAUCGGAUGCAUACUAUGAAGUGAGCUGUAGCUCACGAAAGCUUAUGCUCAAAUAAAUUGGUUAGUCUCUAA